GUAGACAUUAAUAAAUGUCUUUCUAUAGCUUUCAAAAUAUUUUGUACAAUUGAGUUGGAGUGCCAAGAUGGCUACGCGGUGGCUUCAAUACAGCGCCCCCUGUCAAUCAUCCAGGGUUUAUACACAUCAUUGACUACACCAGGUGGCGCUAUGCGCUCACUGAGGUAUAAUAUGAACGUACGCGCUAACCUAAAAUAAAAACCGAUAGUGAACUCGCAGCACAAACAGUUCCGGUUUAGAGGUUGUGUUGUCAAGAUGUCUGUCCAUGAUCAACUUGCUCAAUGUUUGUGUGAUCUAAUCAGGUUGUUGUGGACAUUGCUUCUGCCAUGCGUGUUUCUGUGCAUGCUCCUGACCGCCAUCCUGGUUGCGCUCGUCAUGGGUGUGCGCGUGUGGCUGCAAGCGAACAGGAACGCACGGCGAGCGCGUGAUGGGCGUCCCACAGUGGCCUUCUUUCACCCGUACUGCAACGCGGGAGGUGGCGGUGAGAGAGUGUUGUGGUGUGCCCUCAGAGCUUUGCAGAAUAGGUACCAAGAUGUCAACUUCAUGGUGUACACGGGCGACCAGGGUGUGACGGGUCAGCAGAUUCUUGAUGGCGCCCGGCUGCGCUUCAACAUCCUUUUACCUCGACCCGUCCAGUUUGUCUUCCUCAAACACCGCCUAUUGGUCGAGGCCAGCCUCUUCCCCCACUUCACUCUGAUUGGUCAGAGUGUAGGCUCAAUCUUCCUUGGUUGGGAAGCCCUUACGGAGUUUGUCCCAGAUGUCUACAUUGACUCCAUGGGUUACGCCUUCACUCUGCCUGUGUUUAAAUACCUAGGGGGAUGUCAAGUGGCUAGCUACGUGCACUACCCCACCAUCAGCACAGACAUGCUGUCAGUGGUGCGCGAGAGGAACCCCAGGUUCAACAACGCAGACUACAUCUCCAACAACCUGUUCCUGAGCGCGGUCAAGGUGGUCUACUACUGCCUGCUGGCGCUGCUCUACGGUCUGGCCGGCUCCUGCAGCGACGUGGUCAUGGUCAACUCCAGCUGGACCCUGAACCACAUCCUGACCCUGUGGCGAGCAACCAACCGCACCUGCCUAGUCUUCCCGCCCUGCGACACCCACGCCUUCCUCCAGCUCCCAUUGGAAGAGGACUCGGACCGGAAGUGCCAUUCCAUCGUUUCCAUUGGUCAGUUUCGACCGGAGAAGGACCACCGGCUUCAGAUUCGCGCCUUCCGAAAGGUGCUGCAGAGGAAAGAGGCGGGGCCGGGAGGAAGGGAGUCGCUGAGGUUGGUGCUGAUUGGUGGAUGCCGGAACCAAGAGGAUGAGGAUAGGGUGUUGAUGCUGAGGGGGCUGUGCCAGGAGCUGGGCGUGGCGGACAGGGUGGAGUUUAAACUCAACGUACCGUUUGAGGAGCUGAAGAGGGAGUUGGGGGAAGCUACGGUGGGACUGCACACCAUGUGGAACGAACACUUCGGCAUAGGGGUGGUUGAGUGCAUGGCAGCUGGGACCGUCAUCCUGGCCCACAAGUCUGGAGGCCCCAGGCUGGACAUUGUGGUGCCCUACGAGGGCGGCCAGACAGGUUUCCUGGCCGAGGAUGAGGAUGGCUACGCAGAUGCCAUGGAGCGGAUCCUGGCCCUGUCACCCUCAGCCCGCCUGGAGAUCCGACGCAACGCCCGCCUCUCAGUCACCCGCUUCUCCGACCAGGAGUUUGAGGCCUGCUUCCUGGCCGCCAUGGAGCCUCUCAUGGGGACACUGGAGCGAUGAGGGGAGGGGUAUGGGUGGAGGAGUGUCUGUGGGUGGAAGUGUGUGUGUCACAGGCUCAUGGGUGUGUGUGUGCAGGUGCACGCAUGCGCAUUGAUACCUGGUUGAUUGCAUAGAUUUGUGUUGGUGGUUGAGGGACUAAAACUCAUGCUUGUACUGCCUUGGCACAUUUUGGCAUACUAGCCAUUCCUUUAGUUGACAUAGGAUACAGAUUGCGUUAAAAUGCACAAGGAAUACCUUGACUGAAAUGAAAGAGAGAUGUAUUUAUU